ACCCGCUCACACAAGUCGUCAGCGUCAGGCCCAACACACCUCACUCACUGCUAGGGUCUUCACACGGUGCAGUAUAGGAUGCGGACGCUGUUGCUGGCGGUGUUCCCAGUGGGCCUGGUGCUCCUGCUGGUGACACAGCGGGCUAGUGGGGCACUGUGGCCCUUGAGGACCUUCAUAGUGAGGGACAUGACCUUCCCUCAAGGCACGGCCAUCACAAAUACCACCAACACCACCAGCGUCUGUGGGUGCAAGAUGCGGUGUCUGGCACUGCCCAACUGUGCGGCGUUCGCAGCGCAGACCCUGGAUGCUGAGACGUUCCUGUGUCGCCUCACAAACCAGAGUCCCCAGGAAGCGUCCCCUACAAGUCAACCGGGCGUUGUGUACGGCUACAAGCUGGCUCAACUUAAAAACACUGUGACGGAAGAUAAUGAUGGCACUGUCUACUUUGGCACUUGUCAACAAAAUGAUGAUUUUAACUCAGCCAAGACUUACUGCAAGAGCAUUCCCGGGUUCCGCCUUGCCAUCUUAAGGAACCAACAACAGAUUAAUUUUGCCAAGACAAUCUGCAGUGAAAAGUAUCUUCGCAUCGACCUUCAGAAAUCACAGACUGGAACUUUCGUAUGGGGAGACCAAACAAUGCUAACCCUUACUGCGAAUGUGAGAACUUAUCAGGAUGGUUCGACAGGCCCUAUCGGCGCCCACUACUCAAUCAGUGUCUAUGGGAUCUAUGUGUCAUGGUACACUGGAAACUGUUACCUCUGUCAAGGUAAUGAUGCAGACAACGCCUGGUAGUGAAGAGAAAGGUGCUAAGAGAGAAAGGCCAAUCGGAAUGAACGUAAAUUAAACCUGGAAUAUUAAAUUAAACCUAGAUUGUAUUAUUAUUAUUAAGUAAAACAUCAAAACAUGUUAAUUUGUUAGGAUUUUUCUUGGAGGUAAAAUAUAAACAAAAAAAUU